UUGAUGCCAAGGCGGCGAGGGAGGCGAGGGAGACGAGGGAAGACGGGCAGAGACAGCGCCCGCCAGCAGCGUAGGGGUGUCUCCGCUGUUUCCUUCUCAAACGAAAGCCGUUUCAUCUCCUUCUGAGAAAACUGUUCCCCUCAAAGGCCCCCCCUCGUCCGCUUUGACGAUAGCAAGAACCCUGUGAAGUAAAUGGACUCGUCUGCUGCUCUCGCCGCCGUCGGCGCCGCCAGCGCCGGCGCAGAGCUCUACGCUAGAAGCUUCAUCCAGGGCCCGACACCAAAACUGGCCAGCGGGAUCGGCUACGUGGUGGUGUUCUCGGUCCUCUUCGCGGUGAACAUGCUCUCGUGCGUGUUCUACCACCAGUGGUGGUUCCUCGGCUCGUGGGGAGUCGGCUUGGUGCUCGAGAUCGUGGGGUACGCGGGCCGCAUCUGGUACACGCUCAACGACAACAGCAGCAGCGCCUACAUCAUGGAGUUGGUGUGCAUCACCGUCGCGCCGUGCUUUUUGAUGGCGGGCAUCUACUACGUGCUCGCACAGCUCAUCCUCAUCUUCGGCAACGACUUUUCCCGCCUAAAGCCCAUGCAGUACUCCCUCAUCUUCAUCAUCUGCGACGUCAUCUCCAUCUUCGUGCAGGCGGCCGGCGGAGGCGUCUCGGACAACCCGUCCUCCUCCACCAUCGGCCGCUACAUCAUGAUCGCCGGCUUGGCCUUCCAGGUCUUCACCAUCUCCGUUUUCCAGGUCCUCUGGUACGACUUCCUCUGGAAAAUCUACAACACCAGGAAGCUCCACGGCGACACCCUCUUUAACCCGAAGUUCCCCCACAUCAGAGCCAGACCGCUCCUCACGCCCUUCAUCUGGGGGGUCUCGCUCGUCGUCAUCUUGAUCUACACACGGUCGAUAUACAGACUCAUCGAGACCUCCUCCGGCUGGGAAUCCUACUUGUCCACCAACGAGAUCUACUUCAAUAUCUUGGAAGGUGUCAUGGUCUCCGUCUCAGCCUUGAUCAUGGCCUCGUUGUCCCCAGGGUUCGUCUACGGAAGACACGCCCACCUCUACAUCAAGAAGGACUCCUACAGCUCAGCAACAGCAGAGAGCGACGGGAGGGACGAGGCGGACGAGACCCUCAUUGAAGCAGAAACGAAAGGCUCUAGAGACUAUCUGUAAUGCACGGGCGAGGCAGCCGUGGACCGGCAG